AAGAAGGAAAAAAGCAGAGCAAGUCAAGGAGAGGAGAGCUGCACAUGCCCUUAGUUAACAGACAGCGUACAGGUCUGAAGAAGGUGGUUUUGAACAGGGGUAGGAUCUCAAAAUGCCCAGAAGAAACAACCAUCAAGAUGGAAACUACUUUAGAGGAAAAGGACGCACCUAUUUCACAGCAGAAGAAGCCCUGGGGAUUGGGAUCUUCAUUUUGGUGCUGGCCAUGCUGCUUAUCUUCGGCUGCUGGUUUUACAAAAGACGUAGCGGCUAUAAAAGACUACGGAGCAAAGGCAUCGGCAUGGGUGCCAUACGAACUGUGGUGAGUGAGGGAGCAACACCGGACUGCAAAACAGCUCUGCAAGAGUACAGGAACUUUAAUUCUGUGGUUCCUGAUGCUCCACCAGCCUAUGACAAAAUUGCAGCAGAGCAGUCACCACCUCCUUACUCACCGUGACAGCAGCAAGUCUUAAACUCUGAGCACAUCCAUUCAGUUUCUUCACGCUCCCUCUUCAUUUCCUAUAAAUUCUUAACUUUCUGAAAGCUAAAACUGCAAUAAAAAUCCACAUGCUUUCAUAAGCAAUUGCUGAAAAUUGCCCUUGCUUAAUUUAAAGAAGUAGUUCAUGAAACGCUUCAAUAAAGCUGACUGUGCUUCUGCUUUUUGUUUUUCA